AACUCUUUCCCACACUCUGAAAGCUUUUUUUUUUUUUCUCUUUUUUCUUUCCUUUACCUUUUUUUUUCCUCUCUCUCCACACAUUUCAGGAGGAGGGUCUCGCUUUCUUUAUCUCUCUCUACAGUGGUGCUCUUUCUUUCCACUGAUAAAGCAAAACCCUAAAGUUCUGAUAUUUGAAACUCAGGUACUCUCUUUUAGGCUUCUUUUUCUCUUCGCUUUUAACUGGUCUUGUGUUUUGCUUGGUGGGUUUUGCUUCCCAUGCCCUCUACUUUGUUUUUUAGCAUCUGGGUCUUUGUGGGGUUUUUGAUCCUUGGUAGGGUUUGAUCAGAAGAGGUGGGUCUGCCGUUCAAGAUCUGUGUGCUUUUGCAUCUGGGUCUUGUUUAUCUUCUUGACUUUGCUCUUAUCUUGAGGGCUGUUUUGGAAGAAAUGCAUUUUCGCGGAGUUGAUUGAUUUUUUCUACCUUUAUAUGGGUCUUUGAUCCUGCACAUUUUCUCCAGAAAGUUUAUUUGUUCCCUGAAAAAGGAUUGGCAUUUUGAGGUGGAUGACUUUCGUUCGUCUACUUUCAUGAGGCCAUCUUACCAUUGAUCGAGUUUGAGAUGGAUAAACUUUGGAUUGCUAAUGGAGUGACUAAUAAAAAGUUGGGGGGUGGGUAAUGGGUUUGCUCAAUUUGAUCUAUUUAAGCAAUCGGCAUAUCUUCAAUGGCCUCAAAAUCUGGUGCCAGAACAUCCCCAGAUAGGCAAAAGAGAACUUUUGGUAGUCAAACAUUGGAAGGAAAUUCGCGCAGGCCAUCACCUUUGCAGAUUACAAAAACGAGCAAAUCUGAGCCGGUCACCCCCAAAAAAACACCUAGAAGUGUGCAGCCAGUCGCAUUAAAGCAGGUUGAUGUAGAAGCCUCAGAUGACAAAAAUUCAUUGAGUUCUCAUCAAAAGGGGUCUGCCAAUUCUUUAACUGACAAGUUAGGUUCAAGUUUAUCUUUAGGUGAUUCACAACAAACGCCAACAAUUGUAACACCUAUUGUAAGCGAAGUCACAGGCUCACUAGAUGGUGGUGCUGAUCAAGAGAAGAAAACGUCUAAGCACGGGCAUAGCACAGUUGCUGCUAAAGUUAGUGAUGGGACCGGCAGCCUUGCCAAGACCAGUGGAAGUGCCAAAAUUAGUGAUCGUGUUGAAUUUGUUGAGAGUGGCAAGAGCAGUAUGUGCAGAGGUAGCACAAGCAGUGACGUGAGCGAUGAAAGUACUUGUAGCAGCUUAAGUAGCAGUAUCAGCAAACCUCAUAAAGCUAAUGAUUCAAGGUGGGAAGCCAUCCAGGUUGUCCGUGCAAAAGAUGGGGCCUUGGGUUUAAACCAUUUCAGACUUCUGAAGAGGUUGGGCUGUGGAGAUAUUGGAAGUGUCUAUCUUUCAGAAUUGAAGGGUACCAAGUGUUAUUUUGCGAUGAAGGUCAUGGACAAAGGGUCUCUAGCAAGUCGUAAGAAGCUGCUUCGGGCUCAGACAGAAAGAGAGAUUCUCCAAUCCUUGGACCAUCCCUUCCUUCCAACCUUAUACACCCAUUUUGAGACCGAAAAAUUCUCUUGUUUGGUGAUGGAGUUCUGCCCAGGAGGUGAUUUACACACACUUAGGCAGAGGCAACCUGGGAAGCAUUUUUCCGAGCAAGCUGUUAAGUUCUAUGUAGCAGAGGUUCUUCUUGCUCUUGAAUACCUUCACAUGCUUGGGAUUGUUUAUCGUGACCUGAAGCCAGAGAAUGUCCUUGUGAGGGAAGACGGGCACAUUAUGCUUUCAGAUUUUGACCUCUCUCUCCGGUGUGCUGUCAGCCCAACACUGGUCAAGUCCUCUUCUUUUGACACUGAACCCUUACGAAGGAACCCAGUCUAUUGUGUCCAACCUACUUGCAUUGAACCCUCUUGUAUUCAGCCAUCCUGUGUGGCCCCAACAACAUGUUUUUCCCCUCGCCUAUUUUCAAGUAAAUCCAAAAAGGACCGGAAACCCAAGAAUGAAAUUGGAAACCAAGUGAGCCCAUUGCCAGAGCUCAUUGCAGAGCCAACUGGGGCUCGCUCAAUGUCAUUUGUGGGGACGCACGAGUACCUUGCACCUGAAAUCAUCAAGGGUGAAGGUCAUGGCAGUGCAGUGGACUGGUGGACCUUUGGAAUCUUUCUAUAUGAGCUACUCUUUGGUAAGACUCCUUUUAAAGGAUCCGGGAAUCGAGCAACCCUCUUCAAUGUUGUGGGUCAGCCACUGCGGUUCCCGGAGUCACCAGUGGUCAGUUUUUCAGCAAGGGAUCUGAUAAGGGGCUUGCUGGUAAAGGAGCCACAGCACAGAUUGGCAUAUAAACGAGGGGCAACAGAGAUCAAACAACACCCCUUCUUCGAGGGUGUCAACUGGGCUUUGAUUCGAUGUGCGAGCCCUCCCGAGAUCCCAAAGCCAGUUGAGAUUGAGCGAGUGCCAGCUCCAGCAGCCUCAAGCAGUGAAAAAGCAGCAGCUGCCAUGGUGGGGCCUGAUCAGAAAAGUUGUGAUAAUUAUCUGGAAUUUGAUUUCUUUUAACGAGUCUCAGAACUGAUUUGUUUUUUUUUUUUUUUUUACAUUGAGGGAAGAAGAAGAAGAAGAUGUAGAGUUUUAUGAACAUUUUUCAGAGAUGUUGAUGUUGAAUUUAGAGUUUCUUGUAUUGAAAGUUGAUCAUAUAUGUUUGAUGUUGGUAUAAGAAGAGUUACAAAGUUUGUAGUGGAGCACCUAAAAA